AUGGCUAGGCUCACUGACGAUGCCGACUACGGUGCUGGCGAAAGGUCUGGGAAUGUACCAAGUCCACGGUCCGACUCUGGAAAUGAUAAUGCAUACUAUGAACUCCGGACUAGGUGCGUUUCUCUAGCUCUUUCUGCCAAUAUGACCAAGUUGCGAAAGCAAGGUCAAACAGCUACUAAACAUUUUUGGUUUAAAAAAUAA